CAAACCGGGUGGGUGGGUCGCCAACCCCUUAAAACAAAACAGUGAAGAAUUUCUCCCAAUACUUAGCGGCAUUUCCUAUAUUCACAGAGAGAGAUAUAGAGAGAGAGAUAGGUAGAGAGAGAGGUAGAGAGAGAGAGCCAGAGCCAGAGUCAGCCAGCCGCAAUAGCGAGACUUCUUGCUUGGACGUUCUUUUCACUCUUCUUGGUUGCUUUUCUGUUUUCAUACUUGAUAGGUAGAAAAGAGAGGGAGAGAGCAACAGCAGCCGCCCAAACAGGGGAAGAGGGAUACUGCGGCUAUGCGUUAUGAUGACCUUGAUGAUGGCAAUAUUUUCUCUGCUGAGGAGUACCUUCCAACCUUCUCUAAGAUGGCAAGUUUGUUAGUCGAUAAGGGUUUCUGUGUGCUUUCCUUCGUACCUUUCUAGCAUCUUGAAUGCCCAGUCAUAACCUAUAACUGGUUUAGAACUCAGAUUCCUUUAUCGUCAAAUGUUCAGAACAAUCAUUUUCACUAGGUUUAAUUUCUUAGCUGCUGUUUGUAUGUUAGUUAAGUAGGCUAUAUCGUGUUGUUUUUGCCCUCUUUUCAGGAUUUGACAGACUGCAUAUUUCUAGGUUAAAUUGAACCUGAGUAUUUCAUCUUUCUUUUUCUUAGAUGUCAGGUGCGAUAAUACAAGUAAAGAAAGGUGGAAAACUAGAGAAGAAUUGGCAUGAUGAAGGGGUUUUUAGAUCAAAGAUCAGAAACCAAAGGUGAAGUAAGUGUUUUUCGGUAAUUGCUGUUUUAUUAAGCUCUGAUAAUUGCUUGGUUGAACAUCAACCAACCUUCUCUAUAAACUUCAUCUGCAACAACAGUAUGUACAUUCUUACAACCUACUAGUGCUCUAGUUACCUCGCUAUAUUCAUCACAUUCUGCAUCACAAAGUGCAUACCUAUCUUCAUUUAUAACUCCCCGCUCUUAACUUGUCUUUUGUAUUGAGUCUAUCCCGUAUUGCCAACCACACUAUCAGCAUGUGUUUAGGAGCAUGUGUUAAGGGACUAAAGCUUGAAGUAAGUUUUAAACUACUAGUUUGUCACCUUGAAUCAAAUGAUUAACUUGUAUAAGUUUGACACCUUGAAAAUGGUGGGAAGAAAGCUGAGGUUGCUGCGCAGUAUGUUCAAUAUAUAUUAAGUUCCAUUUUUGUGUUUCAGAUAUCUGUUAGGCAAUUUCGAUUGCAGCAGCGGUUGAGGGAUGGAUUAAUAUUGUCAGCGAUCUGGAAAAAAAAACAUCCGAGAAGGACCAUCGAGUUCGGGCUUCCGCGCAAGAGCUGGUAGACUUUUGCGUAACCAAAGAAAUGAUUGAGAAGAACAAAAUUUUGUUAUCCUCAGAAGCUUUUCUUGAGGCAUUUUCUACAGAACCAAAAAGAUUCAACACAAGAGCAAGUUCAGCAACCUACUAAAUUUCCUAAAGUUAGAUAGGGCAUUUCAACUUCUACCGGAGGCUUAGAUGAUUAAUUACCCUCCUAUCCGUUUUCUUUCUGACCAUUUUCUUAGAACCCAGCCCACCAGCCCAGGGAUAGUACUUCGAUUGACAAACACCGGAACCGUGUAUGUGCCUCCACACUUGCUCCAUUCGUUUCAAUGACAGAUCUUUAUUCUCCAACAUUGCAUCGGUUACACAGAAGUCUACAAGCUCUUGCGAGGACGCCCGGACUCGAUGGUCCUUCUCGGAUGUUUUUUUUCAGAUUGCUGACAAUAUUAAUCCAUCCUUCAACCGCUGCUGCAACCGAAAUUGCCCAAUAGAUAUCUAAAACACAAAAAUGGAACCCAAUAUAUAUUGGACAUACUGCCCAACAACCUCAGCCUUUUUCCACCAUUUUCAAGGUGUCAAACUUAUACAAGCUAAUCAUUUGAUUCAAGGUGACAAAUUAGUUUAACACUUACUUCAAGCUUUAGUCCCUAAACACAUGUUGAUAAUGUGGUUGGCAAUACGGGAUAGACUCAAUACAAAUGACAAGUUAAAAGAGCGGGGAGUUAUAAAUAAAGAUAGAUAUGCACUUUGUGAUGCAGAAUGUGAUGAAUAUAGCGAGGUAACUAGAGCACUAGUAGUAGUAGGUUGUAAGAAUGUCCAUACUGCUGUUGCAGAUGAAGUUUAUAGAGAAGGUUGGUUGAUGUUCAACCAAGCAAUUACCAGAGCUUAAUAAAACAGCAAUUACCGAAAAACACUUACUUCCCCUUUGGUUUCUAAUCUUUGAUCUAAAAACCACUUCAUCAUGCCAAUUCUUCUCUGGUUUUCCACCUUCCUUUAAUUGUAUUAUUGCACCUGACAUCUAAGAGAAAGAAAAAUGAAAUACUCAGGUUCAAUUUAACCUAGAAAUAUGCAGUCUGUCAAAUCCUGAAAAGAGGGCAAAAACAGCAAGAUAUAGCCUACUGAACUAACAUACAAACAGCAACUAAGAAAUUAAACCUAGUGAAAAUGAUUGUUCUGAACAUUUGACGAUAAAAGAAUCUGAGUUCUGAACUAGUUAUAGGUUAUGAUUGGGCAUUCAAGAUGCUAGCAAGGUAUGAAGGAAAGCACACAAAAGCCCUUAUCGACUAACAGACUUACUAUCUUAGGGAAGGUUGGAAGGUACUCCUCAGCAGAGAAUAUUGCCAUAAUCCAGGUCACCAAAACGCAUAGCCACAGUACCAUCUUCGACUUUUCCAUCAAGACCAUUCUUGCACGUGCUUUGGGGACAUAAGCAACAACAUUUCCUGCAUGAGAUAGCUGAUACUCUGACUGAGCUGAGAUGCUUCAUCGAGCUUUUCCAGAUAAACCUGCUAUUCUGUCGCACAAAAUCUCCGAUUCAUGAACCCUUCAAAGGUUUGUGGGAUUCGUUUGGAUCCCGACAUUAUUACGGUACUCAUUCAUCUGGCCAUUACUUGCUGCUAAAGCAACGAGUUCCUCCAGUUCAUAUAAGAUGUUCGAAGAUUAUCCAUUUGUGGCUGUUGUGUCUCACCCUGUUGAGUGCUGAGCAGUGAUCUCGAAUGCCCCUAGGAUCUCCAACUGCAGCUUGUCCUUGAUACCUUUGUUGAUGAGAAACUUAAGUUAUUGCUGAACAUUGUCAUCUUGAUAGCUCCUUGCCCCCACACCUAGCAUACUGCCUGGACCAAGAUAGCCGUCAGAUUUUCAUGGACAUGAUGCUCUGCAUUAUCUGGCCUAACUCGGCAAAUCUGCUGUUGGAGCUUCCUGUGACUUGAUUUAUGCAAACUUUCUUCCACGGAGUCUGUUAGUAUACAUCACAGUUACAUUUGUCAGCAGCAAGUAUGAGUUGCAAUAAUUAAUAAAUAAAAUUUUAUACAUUCCUGCAGUAGAACAUAUGGAUUCACAUUUUUUAUUACCCGGGAAGAAGAGGGAUGGUGGAGAGCCUAUCCAGUUUUGGUGUGGGAUCAAGGAAAGUAUCGGCGGCAGAGCCUUCACUAUCCUAGAACUGUCUUCCUAAAACCACAAGUAGAAACAAAAACUAAGACCUAAU